CUCAAAGCGCAGACACCAGGUUUGCUUCUCUUUACUCUAAGCUUUGUCUUGUUCUACCAGUUUGGCAGGAUUUAAAGUAAAGUUAACAUGUCGACGGCGUCUGCAUUUCCGGACUCUUCUGCCAGACCUUCACCCGUUGCAGCUGAUUCUACCAUCAGGAUCUUGGUGUUGGGGAGAAGAGGUUCUGGGAAAAGCUCCUCAGGAAACACAAUACUGGGAGAAAAAGUGUUCAGCAGUCCAAAACGCUACAAAGAGAAAGUUACUAAAAAAUGUGAAGAACACACACGCCAUGUUGGAGGAAGGAAGGUGUGUGUGAUUGACACUCCAGACCUGCUGGAUCCAGAUGCCACAGAAGAUGAGCUCCAGCAAGAGAAAGAUAAGCUGGUGUCUCUCUGUCAGUCUGGUCUUCAUGCUGUUCUGCUUGUAGUUCCUGUUGGAGAAGAGUUGCAGAAUGAGGAGGAGAUGCUGGACCUCAUUAAAGGAUUAUUCGGUCCAAACAUCCAGAAGUUUACCGUAGUGCUCUUCACACGAGGAGACGAGCUGGAGGAGGACGAGACGAUUGUAAAGUUUGUAGAAAGGAACAGAGGAGGUGAGCUCAAGCAGUUGGUUAAAGACUGUAGGAACAGAAUCCAUCUCUUCAAUAACACCAACACAGUGCAGCGCCAAGUCACCGAGUUACUGAGUAUAAUUAAAAGCAUGGUGAGCAAGAACGGAAGCCAGUUUUACACGGCUCAAAGGAGGUCCAGUAUUCAGAAGGACAUCACAUUUUCAGGUGCAGCGGAUCUCCAAAAGCAGCUUGGUGAACAAGUGCCCCAGGUGAGACUGGUGCUUCUGGGAAAGACUGGAGUUGGGAAGAGUGCUUCUGGAAACACCAUCCUCGGAAGAAACGUGUUCCAGUCUGCUGCUAGCCCAACCUCACAAACCAGAGAGUGCAGUUCUCAUAAAAUCCUAAGGGGCAGUAAACAAAUCUCCAUCAUUGACACACCUGGAAUUUUUGAUACCCAGCUCAGUAACCAAGAUGUGAUCAUGGAAAUAAUGAACUGUUUGACCUAUUCUUCUCCGGGACCUCACGCUUUCCUCAUAGUGAUCAGUUUAUCUGUACGAUUCACCCAGGAGGAGAGGAGCACCAUGGAUGAAAUCAAAAAGACCUUUCAGAAUGCAGACAGGUACACAAUGAUACUCUUUACUUAUAAAGACAACCUGAAGAAGAACAUCAGACAGUUCCUUCAGGAUGGAGACCCUGCUCUCAGAGAGUUAGUAGCGAGAUGUGGAAAUCGGUACCACUGUUUAAACAACAAAGCACCGAGCUACAAACAAUUCAAAGAAUUUAUGGAGAAAGUGGAGCGCAUGGUGCGUGAUAAUGAGGGGACUUACUACACAGACAAUAUCUACGGGGAUGUGGAGAGAGCGAUUUGUAACAUCCAGGACCAGAAGUUAAAAGAAAAAGUGGAACAGUGCAAAAGAAGAUAUCCAGAUGCUUCCAGGACUGAAUGGCAGAAAAUCUACUGGAAACUGCUGCAGGAAUCAAGAACUGAAGCACAGAAGAUUCUGGUGAAGGACAAACAUAUUUUGAAAUUGGCAGAAAAGUUUGGAGCGCUGCAGACAACAUCAGAGGAGAAGGAGAAGGCAAUAAAUGCAGCUCUGCAUGGGGGAAUAAGUUACGUUCAAGUGAUGCAAACUGCUUUCAGAGCAUCAGCCGAACUUGCCAAGCAGAAAAUAUGUGCUGUUCAGUGACUUGGAUAUUUUUUAGUCCAAUCUCGUUGUUUAGUUUUUUUCCUUUCUAAAAUGUGUCAAUAUGAAAUAUAUCAGUAUAAAUGUGAAUAUAUUUCAAAUAUUUCAGUGGUGGUCAAAGAUGAACUUUACAAUGACAUAAUGACGACUUAUCUCCAUCUUUAUCAGACUUACCUUUUGUAUACUCAGCUGAUGUGUCUGACACCAAUGGAAGCUUGGACAAUUCAGACAACCUACAAUUCACACACUAAUACACCACUCAAAACAUUAAGGGAACCCUUAAAUCACACAUUGUAUCUCGAUGAACAAAAUAUUCAAGUUGAAAGUCUUUACUUAUAUACAUUGUGUAAUUUAUUGAGAACAAAAUGAUGUGAUAAUGGAAGCCAAAAUCAUCAUCACACUGAGGGCUGGAUUCAAAAUCACACUGACAACCACAGUAAAAACUGAAUUACAGGCUGAUUCAACUUGCAUGGAUUUCAUCAUGGCGACUCAUAAUGUCACUCAGUAGUGUAUAUGGCUCCCAUGUGCCCAUAUGCACUCCCGACAAGGUCUGGGCAUCCUCCUGAUGAGAUGGUGAAUGGUGUCCUGGGGGACUUCCUCCCAGACCUGGAUCAGGAAAUCAGUGAGCUCCUGGACAGUCUGUGGUGCUACUUGGUGUCUUCACAUGCUCCGAUACAUAAC